CUUCCCCUUCUCCCGCCCCUGUCUUGGCCUCAGCAUUUUAUUGGUUCUCUUCCCUCCACUCCGCAAUAUUUUCUUUCUUUCGCCCUCCUCUUCUCCAUUCGCUGUUUAAUGUUUCCCACUCUUUGAGGAAGGAUGGUUGAUUUGGAGAGCGAAGUGCCCCCUCUGCCUCCCAGGUACCGGUUUCGAGAUUUGCUGUUGGGAGACCAAGGAUGGCAAAACGACGACAGGGUACAAGUUGAAUUCUAUAUGAAUGAAAAUACAUUUAAAGAGAGACUAAAAUUAUUUUUCAUUAAAAACCAGAGAUCAAGUUUACGAAUACGCCUGUUCAAUUUUUCUCUCAAAUUAUUAAGCUGCUUGUUAUACAUAAUCCGAGUACUACUAGAAAGCCCUUCGCAAGGAAAUGAAUGGUCUCACAUCUUUUGGGUGAACAGAAGUCUACCUUUAUGGGGCUUACAGGUUUCAGUGGCAUUGAUAAGUCUGUUUGAAACAAUACUACUUGGUUAUCUUAGUUAUAAGGGAAACAUCUGGGAACAGAUUUUACGAAUACCCUUCAUCUUGGAAAUAAUUAAUGCAGUUCCCUUCAUUAUCUCAAUAUUUUGGCCUGCCUUAAGGAAUCUAUUUGUCCCAGUCUUUCUAAACUGUUGGCUUGCCAAACAUGCCUUGGAAAAUAUGAUUAAUGAUCUACACAGAGCGAUUCAGCGUACACAGUCUGCAAUGUUUAAUCAAGUCUUGAUUUUAAUAUCUACAUUACUAUGCCUUAUCUUCACCUGCAUUUGUGGGAUCCAACAUCUGGAACGAAUAGGAAAGAAGCUGAAUCUCUUUGACUCUCUUUAUUUCUGCAUUGUUACAUUUUCUACUGUGGGCUUUGGGGAUGUCACUCCUGAAACAUGGUCCUCCAAGCUUUUCGUUGUUGCUAUGAUUUGUGUUGCCCUGGUGGUUCUCCCCAUACAGUUUGAACAGCUGGCCUAUUUGUGGAUGGAGAGACAAAAGUCAGGUGGAAAUUAUAGUCGACACAGAGCUCAGACUGAAAAGCACGUUGUCCUGUGUGUCAGCUCCCUAAAGAUUGAUUUACUUAUGGAUUUUUUAAAUGAAUUCUAUGCUCAUCCAAGACUGCAGGAUUAUUAUGUGGUGAUUUUGUGUCCUACUGAAAUGGAUGUGCAAGUUCGUAGGGUGCUGCAGAUUCCAAUGUGGUCCCAAAGAGUUAUCUACCUUCAAGGGUCAGCCCUUAAAGAUCAAGACCUGCUGAGAGCAAAGAUGGAUGAUGCUGAAGCCUGUUUUAUUCUGAGCAGCCGUUGUGAAGUGGAUAGGACAUCAUCUGAUCACCAAACAAUUUUGAGAGCAUGGGCUGUGAAAGAUUUUGCUCCAAAUUGUCCUUUGUAUGUCCAGAUACUAAAGCCUGAAAAUAAAUUCCAUAUCAAAUUUGCAGAUCAUGUUGUCUGUGAAGAAGAGUUUAAAUACGCCAUGUUAGCUUUAAACUGUAUAUGCCCAGCAACAUCUACACUUAUUACACUACUGGUUCAUACCUCUAGAGGGCAGGAAGGCCAGCAGUCACCAGAACAAUGGCAGAAGACGUACGGUCGAUGCUCUGGGAAUGAAGUCUACCACAUUGUUUUGGAAGAAAGUACAUUUUUUGCUGAAUAUGAAGGAAAGAGUUUUACAUAUGCCUCUUUCCAUGCUCACAAAAAGUUUGGUGUCUGUUUGAUUGGUGUUAGGAGGGAGGAUAAUAAAAACAUUUUGCUGAAUCCAGGUCCUCGAUACAUUAUGAAUUCUACAGACAUAUGUUUUUAUAUUAAUAUUACCAAAGAAGAGAAUUCAGCAUUUAAGAACCAAGACCAGCAGAGAAAAAGCAACAUGUCAGGGUCGUUUUAUCAUGGACCAUCCAGAUUACCUGUACAUAGCAUAAUUGCAAGCAUGGGUACUGUGGCUAUAGACUUGCAAGAUACAAGCUGUAGAUCAGCAAGUGGCCCUACCCUGUCUCUUCCUACAGAGGGAAACAAAGAACUAAGAAGACCAAGCAUUGCUCCUGUUUUAGAGGUUGCAGAUACAUCAUCAAUUCAAACAUGUGAUCUUCUAAGUGACCAAUCAGAAGAUGAAACUACACCAGAUGAAGAAAUUUCUUCAAAUUUAGAGUAUGCCAAAGGCUACCCACCUUAUUCUCCAUAUAUAGGAAGUUCACCCACUUUUUGUCAUCUUCUUCAUGAAAAAGUGCCAUUUUGCUGCUUACGAUUAGACAAAAGUUGCCAGCAUAACUACUAUGAGGACGCAAAAGCCUAUGGAUUCAAAAAUAAACUAAUUAUAGUUGCAGCUGAAACAGCUGGAAAUGGACUGUAUAAUUUUAUUGUUCCUCUCAGGGCAUAUUAUAGACCAAAGAAAGAACUUAAUCCCAUAGUACUACUAUUGGAUAACCCGCCAGAUAUGCAUUUUCUGGAUGCAAUCUGUUGGUUUCCAAUGGUUUACUACAUGGUGGGCUCUAUUGACAACCUAGAUGACUUACUCAAGUGUGGGGUGACCUUUGCUGCCAACAUGGUGGUUGUGGACAAGGAGAGCACCAUGAGUGCUGAGGAGGACUACAUGGCAGAUGCCAAAACCAUUGUGAAUGUUCAGACACUCUUCAGGUUGUUUUCCAGUCUCAGUAUUAUCACAGAGCUUACUCAUCCAGCCAACAUGAGAUUCAUGCAGUUCAGAGCCAAAGACUGUUACUCUCUUGCUCUUUCAAAACUGGAAAAGAAAGAACGGGAGAGAGGUUCUAAUUUGGCCUUUAUGUUUCGACUGCCUUUUGCUGCCGGGAGGGUGUUCAGCAUCAGCAUGUUGGACACUCUACUGUACCAGUCAUUUGUGAAGGAUUAUAUGAUUUCCAUCACUAGACUUCUAUUGGGACUGGACACUACUCCAGGAUCAGGGUUUCUUUGUUCUAUGAAAAUCACUGAGGAUGACUUAUGGAUCAGAACGUAUGCCAGACUUUACCAGAAGUUGUGUUCUUCUACUGGAGAUGUUCCCAUUGGAAUCUAUAGGACUGAAUCUCAGAAACUUACUACAUCAGAGUCUCAAAUAUCUAUCAGUGUAGAAGAGUGGGAAGACACAAAAGACUCCAAAGAACAAGGGCACCACCGCAGCAACCACCGCAACUCAACAUCCAGUGACCAGUCAGACCAUCCCUUGCUCCGGAGAAAGAGCAUGCAGUGGGCCAGAAGACUGAGCAGAAAAGGUCCAAAACACUCUGGUAAAACAGCUGAAAAAAUAACCCAGCAGCGACUGAACCUCUACAGGAGGUCAGAAAGACAAGAGCUUGCUGAACUUGUGAAAAAUAGAAUGAAACACUUGGGUCUUUCUACAGUGGGAUAUGAUGAAAUGAAUGAUCAUCAAAGUACCCUUUCCUACAUCCUAAUUAACCCAUCUCCAGACACCAGAAUAGAGGUGAAUGAUGUUGUGUACUUAAUCCGACCAGAUCCACUGGCAUACCUUCCAAACAGUGAACCUAGUAGAAGAAACAGCAUCUGCAACGUCUCUGGUCAAGACUCUCGGGAGGAAACACAGCUUUGACAAGAAAGAAAUAAGAGACUCAAUUUUUUUUUCUUACAAGGAUCUUGCUUGUUACAAUAAAAGUGUUACUGGCAUGAAAGAAACCAGAUUGGAAUAUAUUAAAUUCUCUCAUAUUUAAAAGCAUAAUCUAAUCGCUUAGAAAUAGAUCUCAUUUUGAAUCUUAAUGUUCUACUUAUUGGUACUUCCCCACAUAAUAUUUGAAAGAUACGAGAUGAUUUUGAAAACCUAAAUUAAAACAUAAAAAUUUGAAUAUGAUUUUUGUUUUAUAAUAAGCCAAACCAUAUAAAGCUGAUAUUUAAAAGUAUUAAGGUUUUAUGAAAGCAGACUAAACUCUAUUUGGUGCAUCAUGAUGGACAUAGGAGAUUGCUGCUCCCCUUCAAAAUUAAAUGUCGUAUUGUGUUUUCUUUUUUUGGUUAUUUUAUAAAAUUCAGCUCAUCCUAAAUGUCUAGGCUUCUCUCCAUAGAGACUGACCAACAAACUUGUAUGGCUGACUUUUGUGUAAUAAUCAUAGUUUGCAUUAGAAUACAAAUCAUUAAGUCAUUUUAACCUUUUUUAUCUGCUUUUUAUACAUCACAAUCACAUUCAUUUUAGAAUUUGAGACUUUCAUAGCAUGUUUUAGUACGCUGAAGAAACUAAUAUAUAAACAAAAAGAAAUAUUACGUACCAGAGUUGCUUGGUAACUUUAUGUUAGCACAUUUUAUGCCAAGAACAGUGCAUAGCACAAUGCCUAGCACACAGAAAAUACUCAGUACAGAUUUGUUGACUUAAUUUUAAUCCCAGAACUGAAAUACUGACUGGGUUUCUUGAAAUAUAAAGUAAUUUUCAUUAAAAUUUUGAGUUAUAACAUUUUUCAUCUAUCUAUAUAGUAAUUUCAUUAGGAAACUACUUUAAAAUUGACAAAAGAAAACUUAUGCCUUUUAUGGAAAAUAAGAUAUUUCAAGAAGUUUAAAGUCCUUCUUAUGUCUUUAAUAUUAAAAUAAUCACACUCCAAAAAUGGUGUGUUAAUAAUUUGCGUUAAUUUUGAAAAAUUGUCUAUAGGAAUACAUUUUAACACUGUAAGAGAAAAGCAUAAAACAAAAAUACAGAAUUAUCCUUUAAAUUUGGUAUAAUUAAUGAAAAGUUUGAUGGUUACAAAUUUAAAUAUAAAUUGUUCUUUGCAAACACCUUGCUGUAUUGCUUUAUUUUCCUACAAAUACAGGCCCAAAAGCAUAAGAGACUCGAUACGUAGUAUAUGUUAAAAUAUUCCUAUGGAUAAGAGAUUGACAAAUUUUAAAAAUAUUUUCCUCUAAUUUUGCAUUUUCCUUUGUUUUUGAAUUUGACAUUAAGUUUUGUUCAACAAAAAAAAUAGGACGCAUAAGGCUAGAAAGCAAUAUUUUGUCCUUAUAAUGAAGCAGUUCAAUCAAAAUAAAAACAGGAACUUUUAAAAUAGCCUAAUGCUCUCUCAAUAAAUCUAUAGAUAUUGAAGAUCAUAACCACUGUAUGUUUAAUUUGGCUUAUAAAAUAUGAAAUGUCUUUUCUGUAGUAUUGUACACUAUCCACAUUUUAGAACAAGAGCACCAAGAAUUUCCCCUAGAACAGAGAAAAUCUAUAUUUGAUCAGAGACGUAGAAUUUAUAACAAAUUACUUAAAACUGGGAGCAUGCCUUACAACUCAAAGAUUAUAUGCAUAGAUAUGUGUAUGCAUUAUAAACAUGUGAAAUGUAUUUGGCAAACAUGGGUUUACAUAUAAAUUGUUAAAACUGAAAGCAGAAUUGAACUAAUACAGGUAAAGGAGAGAAAUAAUGAAUGUAAUGACCUGGUUUCAUAGUUUCACUAUUACAGUCCAGCAUAAUGUUUCUUUGAAUUUUUUUUUUUUAUUCCAUGACAUUUAUUUUUAGGAACAACAUCAGAUUUUACAAAUCUUUAUUUCCCCACAGAUCUGAAGUUUAGUAUUUUUGUGACAGUGUCAAGAGUAGGAUUUUAAGCUAGGACAUAAUUAUAUUUCCUAUCUAGCUAAGAAUUUUGUUUCAUAAAUUUUAAAAUAAUUAUUUUUGACUAUUACUAUUAGUCCAAAUUUAAUAUUUGACACAAUUCAUAUCAGCUUGCUAUAAUAAUGAUAGUUUAUUAGUCCAUCUGAUGUUCAAAGAAUAAAAAAAUGCUUAUAAAAAAGACUUUUAAUGAACUGUUGCCUUUUUAAACUAAUUAUACUUGCACAUGAAAAUAAAACAUAAAGUCAGUAAUAGUCCUUGUAGCCCUAUGGGAUUUGGUUCUGUUUUGUCUAUGUAACAUUUUUGCUACUAGUUACAUUGAGUUGCUUUAAAAUAAAUAAUAAAAUUAUUUCUGAUGA